AGAGGUCAGCAUUGCACGGACUGUUGCUGUCAACGGAGGAUCUCGGGAUACGACGUGUAAAUAGUAAGAUAAGCUGCAGACUGCUUUUAUAUGUUCGAUGCACUUAUAAAGCACGAUUACUACAGUUAUCGUUGAUGCUGAGUCGGGUUUGCGGAACGGGUUUUUGAGAAGAGUUGCGCCUUGGUUUGGGAUGCGCAGUGCGUUGCGUUGCGCUGCUCACUGGGACUGCUGCAGUGUAAACAAGACUGUCCGAGGCUGCAGCGCUGCUGUCUGUGGGGGAAGAAGAUAAUCACAGAAUUCCACUGAUAGCUCACUUCUCAGCUUUAAAGAGUGAGCUGCAGUGUAACCCAGUCAGUUCUCUUUCCCCCCUCCCAAUGCGCAACGACUUCACUUAAAUUUCUGCUGCAGAAAAACUGGCCCGAGCGCUCUUUUUAAGGAUUUUCUUAUUUAAUCAAAUCGGACAUCUGUCACUCUGUACAUCUGCCACUUCUGAGCACCCAACAAAUCUCGCCGUUGGAUGGACUUUGCUGCUGAGGAACUGUUAACUCUCCGCAUAUCAGCGAAAUGACUGAGAACCAGGAAACCCCAGACGCGGAGGACAAGUCUCUGUCCGGGAGCGCGACCUUGCCGCUCCGGCCGCCGUGCGAGCGACUCUCCUGCCACAAAAGCAGCGUGUGCUCCCGCUCCUACUUCGUGGUGGUGAUGGUGUUUUUCCACGUCUACAUCAUUAACGUUAUAGCGCUGCUGUUUUACGUGCACUACAGCAGCGGGCAGGACGAUGCGAGCCGGAGUCGUGAUGCUCCGAGCGGCAGCCACCAGCCCCCGGAGUCGCGACGUCCGCCAUCAAAACCCGAGUUUCUGCGUGAUGUUUCUCUGACAAGGAUCGAGGGAAUCAGGGUGGGACAUGUCCAGAAGGUGUCACUGGUGCCGGGAAAAGUGCAUGAGAUGCGGACUCUGAGCCUGAAACCUCUGCUGUUUGAGAUCCCCGGGUUUCUGUCAAAGGACGAGUGCCGUGUGGUCAUGCAGCUGGCUCAGCUGAAGGGUCUGAUGGAGAGUCAGCUGAUGGUACAAGACGGUCAGGAGGAGCUGGCCAAGGAGCUCAACCUCAGCCCAGAGGAGAUCUUUAACCUGCUGGAUAUCAACCAGGAUGGACAGUUGCAGCUUCAUGAGAUACUGACUCAUUCACGAGUGAGGGAUGGAAUCUGGCUCACACCGGAGAAUCUGAGAGAAAUCUAUGCCGGGCUCAAAGCUGACAAGGACGAUAAUGGUUUAUUGAGUCUGGAAGAGUUCAGGCUUCUGAGCAAUGACGCCUUUCAGCGCUUCCUGCUGCAGCAAGGAGUGAAAAGGAGUCAGCUGGUGAGGAACAGUCGACACACAUGGCUCUACCAGGGCAAAGGAGCUCACCAGGUACUCCAAGACAUCAAGGCGAGGGUGACUCGCCUCACUCGCCUCCCGCCAGCAUUGGUGGACCUCAGUGAGCCGCUGCAGGUGGUUCGCUAUGAGGAGGGAGGUCACUACCAUGCCCACCACGACAGCGGCCCCGUCUACCCUGAAACAGCGUGCACACACACACGCCUCGCAGCCAACACUUCCACUCCUUUUGAGACGUCCUGCAGGUACAUCACAGUUCUCUUCUACCUGAACUCUGUUGAUGGGGGCGGGGAGACCGCAUUCCCUGUGGCAGACAACAGGACCUAUGAUGAAGUGUCUCUCAUACAGAACGACGUGGAUCUUUUGGACACCAGAAGGAAUUGUGACAAGAGUAACUUGAGAGUGAAGCCUACCAGGGGAACAGCGGUUUUCUGGUACAAUUAUCUCUCUGAUGGAAGAGGUUGGGUGGGGGAGCAGGAUGAAUACGCUCUGCAUGGAGGCUGUAUGGUCACACACGGCACUAAGUGGGUCGCCAAUAAAUGGAUCAAUAUUGAUCCGGACUACCAGCGGCAAGCUCGCUACCAGCAGUUAGUGUCACAGCAGCAAGAGGAUGAGGAUGAUGAAGGUCUGACUCUGAACACAGACGUACAGAGUCCCAGCAUCCAUCAAGAUUUGUAGCGUAUACACCAAAUUUAUACAUUUAAAAAAAAUCUUCCUAGCCUUCCUCAGUCCUGUGCACAAUGUUUCUGGUCACAUCCUUUGUGGCCAGUUUGUAGAGACAAGACUUAUUCAGGGAACGAGGUCACAGUGGGUUUAUGCAACAGUAAAGAGAUGCUUUUGUUGAAUAUUGCUUGGAUAUUGCUGUCCUGUUAUUUUUUUAUCUACUAUAAUUUUCCGUUUUAGGAGUGUUGCACUAGAGACUCAAUCAAGGAGUUGUGAUUUUUUUUUUUUAAAAACUUUCUUUUGCAUGCAUUACCUUCAAAAUGUUUUGCUGUUGCCAUGAGCAAAAAUUGCACUUGAAAACUGAAAUGACAGUCGUAAAACAUUUCAAUGUCCUACCUUGUUAUUGCUGCCAUUACCAAAAAUAGGCUCACACACUCUCAGUGUGAUGCAUGUUGCCUUGUCUUUGUUCCUCGGAUUCCUCAUUAUUUUCUUCUUGUAGAAUGCACAAACACAUGAAAAUGCACAAAGUAUUGCUCAGAUGUUCAGAUUCCAUUUUUUUUACUAUGUCAGAAUGUUCUCUCUCACUCUCCUACACUGAAUAAAGUUAAAUGAAGCUC